UCACUGAACACAGGAAAUGUGUGUAAUGCUAACAGCUGAAAGACACAUGCUUCAUAUCAGCAGCAAUUAAAACUGAUGGGAAACAUCAUUGGAACCAUGGGGUGCAGCAGUUCUAUAGCUGACAGAACAUCAGAGAAAGUCAUUAGAUCUGCUAUUCUCAUCCAGAAUUGGUACCGCUUUAGAAUGGCCCGGCUAGAGAUGAGGCGCCGCUAUUCUCUGAGCAUCUUUCAGUCCAUUGAAUAUGCUGAUGAGCAAGAUCAACUACAGCUAUCCAACUUUUUUACAUUCAUGCUGGAUCACUGUACUCCAACUGAUGCAGUUUCUGAAAUUUUUGCCAGCCCCUACAUUUCUCAGGUGGUAGGAAAAGGCUUAUGUUUAACAGAAUUUGAAAAGAAGAUUGAUGUUCCAGACUCCUAUUAUGGACCGCGACUCUCUUUCCCUCUUACUAUUGAUGAUGCCAAUGCUCUUCUUCAUGCUUUCAAGAGUGAACAGCUGCUUCAUGCCCACUACGUACUGCAGCUGCUGUAUGAAACUAGGAGGGUUCUCAAGGAAAUGCCAAAUAUCACCCGUAUUUCAACUUCCUACUCCAAGGAGAUAACUGUCUGUGGAGAUUUGCAUGGAAACCUGGAUGAUCUUUUGCUGAUAUUCUAUAAGAAUGGUCUGCCUUCAGAACAAAACCCUUACAUCUUUAAUGGUGAUUUUGUUGACAGAGGGAAAAAUUCUAUGGAAAUUAUUAUAAUCCUGUUCGCAUUUCUUCUUAUCUACCCCAAUAAUUUGCACUUGAACAGAGGAAACCAUGAAGACUACAUCAUGAACCUGAGAUAUGGCUUCACAAAGGAAGUUUCGAGGAAGUAUAAGGACCAUGGGGAUCAGAUUUUGUGUCUUCUGCAAGAUGUCUUUAGCUGGCUUCCCCUUGCCACUAUAAUUGAUAACAAAGUUCUUAUCCUGCAUGGAGGGAUUUCAGACACCACAGAUUUGGAUUUCCUGAACGCACUUGAGAGAAGUAAGGUGAAAUCCGUGAUGCAGCCCCCAAGGUCAGUAAGAGUCAGACAGGACCACGUGAAGGAGAGCAUUCGCACAACCAGACCCAGUGAACAGACUGCCAAGCAGAAUCUUGCACGGAAAACACAACGCAUCUCUUUAUCAGGCUCCACUGGACCUUCAGGCUCAAAUUUGUCUCCAGACCCUUCCGUGAAGGAAUGGAAACAAAUCCUUGACAUUCUCUGGAGUGAUCCAAGAAGCCAAAGGGGCUGUACACCAAACAAGAGUCGAGGAGGAGGUUGUUACUUUGGUCCUGAUGUCACUGCCAAGCUGUUUAAAAAGUAUAAUCUGAAGAUGCUCAUCAGGUCUCAUGAAUUUAAGCCAGAAGGUUAUGAUAUCAGUCACAAUGGGAAGGUUAUCACUAUAUUUUCUGCCUCUAACUAUUACGAAGAGGGGAGCAACCGGGGAGCAUACAUCAAACUGAAUCCUGAACUGAUUCCUCGGUUUGUACAGUAUCGAGUCAGCGAGCACACACAGAGGGAGAAUCUUCACGACAGGGUGGGUACAAUUGAAUCAUCUGCCUUAAAGUCCUUACGAGAGAAGAUUUAUGCUUACAAGCCUGAACUUACUAGUGCUUUUGCACAGUAUGACCUCAAUGGCACAGGCAGGAUUUCUGUCCAUGACUGGGCUGCUGCAAUGGAGUCUGUCCUACAGCUGGGACUGCCCUGGAGGAUGCUGCGGUCUCAGUUAGUACAGAUGACCCCGGAUGGAGAAGUUGACUUCAUGUCAUGUUUUUAUGAUCUGAAAAUAAGUCAACCUGUAAAGGAGGUUCAGCCAGCUUUGGUGGAAACACUGUGCAGAUACAGAAAAGAUCUGGAGAUCAUCUUUAAUAUCAUUGACAAAGAUCACUCAGGUCUGAUUUCCCUUGAGGAGUUUCGUCACACAUGGAAACUCUUCACUUCUCACCUGGGCAUUGAUGUAACCGAUGAAUCCCUUGACAAGUUAGUCCUCAGCAUAGACUACAACAAAGAUGGCUACAUUGACUUCAAUGAGUUUUUAGAGGCCUUUCACGUGGUUCAUAGACUAGAGAGAAAGGCAAAUUCAUGAAAAAGCAGAUCUUCUUGUGGACUAUGAUGGCAGCUCACAUUCCCAUUGAAAUCAUAAGCAGUCUGGGAAACUGGUAAUAAAUGGGCUCAAUAUGGUACUUGUGGCUGUCACUGCGUAAGCAUUUCUUUUGUCCCUUUUGGGUGACAUACACCUGAUUGAUUGAUAGUAAUGAGACCAAGGAGAUGAAAACCCACUGCUUUUGGUAUUACUGUGUCACUGCCACAUCAGUACAACUUAUCCUCCCACUUGGUGGCAUCUCCCCCAUAAGUCUAAGCCAUGAACACUGUCACAGAUGCACCUUCAGCCCCAUGAGAAGAGAAACUUGGGCAUGUUUCUGACAGCAGCCCUUAGCAAUGGCUGAGAAACAGCACUGGUGACCACAAGGAACGUACCAGAUCCUCCAUAGUGAUACCACAGGCACAACAGCCCCAGAGAGGAAAACAAGGCAGAAUCACCAUCUAGUUAAAAUAAGGGGUUUUGCUUUUAAUCCUGCUCCUUGCGUGACACAGUGGAAUUACAACAUUCCAGGUCACUACCUACCCUCCUCCUUAGAGUUUACAGGCACAACUCAGAGUGUCUUAGCUGAAUGGCGUUUACUCUUGCACGAGGUUUCCUCUUGCCACUUGUUACUUUUCCCUGCAUUUCUUGGCAUUUGGAGCUAAGCAACAAUCAUAACUUGUCACCCCAACAAAGGCUGAAGCCUCAGCAUGCUCAUGUCACCCAUGCUAGAUCACUAAAUAAAGCUUUGGCUUCCACA